CACGUUGUGUUGAGGCGGGGUUGUCUUCCCGGUGAGCUCUUCCCCAUAACUUUGACGGAUAGGAAUGUCGCCUUCCCCUUGCAGCCGCACAUGGCAUGAUGGGUUAUGGGUGAUAGCCCAUCAAAAAGCGAUUCGAUCGCCACAUCCAGGGUAUGAAAUCCCUAUCUAAGUCAUCUUAUCCUUUCACGUCUGCAGAGACGCUCUUUGGUGUACCCUGCCUUUGACGCGUUUCGUCCUCUUCCAAAAAUGAGGUCGUUCUCUCCCUUGAAGGGCCCUGUUGGAGCACUUGGCGCUGUACUUCUCGCUCUCUUUGCGGACGCGGAAGACGCUUAUACUGGGUCUUUUGAUGUCUUGGAUUUCGUUGAUCCUCUUAUCGGGACAGCAAAUGGAGGACAUGUAUUCCCUGGCGCAACACUGCCUUUUGGCAUGGCCAAGGCAGUUGCAGAUACUGUUGGAGAGAACCAGGCAGGCUUUGCAUACGAUACGAGCAUUGUAACUGGCUUCUCUCACAUGCAUGAUUCGGGCACGGGUGGUUCACCUUCUAUGGGAAACUUUCCCAUUUUCCCCCAACUAGCAUGCCCGGGGGAUGACCUCAACAAUUGUGAAUGGACAAGUCCAGCCAGAGGGGUCCAAUGGGUUAAAGAUUCUCCUAGAGCUCGGCCCGGCUCGUUCAAUAUCUCUCUGGAGAACGGGAUCCAUGCUGAAAUGACGGUUUCCAAUCAUUCUGCUCUAUACAGGUUCACCUUUCCAGCCAGUAACACCUCUUUCGCUCCCCUCUCCAACGGAACUGCGUCUGCUACGGGUCCUGUCAUUCUUGUUGACCUCAUUGAUCUGCCACGGUCUCGCUCAAAGGCCCAGGCGUCUGUUGAUCCUUCCACCGGGCGACUGACCGGAAAUGGUACCUUCAACCCCAGUUUUGGGAUAGGAAGCUAUAACAUGUAUUUCUGUGUUGAUUUCAAGGGUGCUGAAAUCCGAGAUACUGGGGUAUUCAUUAACGAUAACAGUAGUACGGACACCAAGACUGUCUCUGUAGGUGCAGCCUAUACUACAGCAGGCGCAUUUGUACAGUUCUUUGCUCCCGCAGAUAAUGUGAUUGCAGCCCGCGCUGGUGUCAGCUUUAUCAGUGUCGAGAAAGCCUGCGCCAACUCUGAGAACGAGAUUCCAGACUAUGAUUUCGACGAUCUUGUUUCUAGUGCUGAAACUGCAUGGAGGCAGAAGCUAGAAGUCAUCAGUGUUGACGCUGCAGGCGUCUCAACAGAUCUGCAAGAAACCUUCUGGAGCGGCGCGUAUAGAUCGAUGAUUAGCCCACAGGACUACACAGGAGAGAAUCCACUUUGGGAAAGUGACGAACCUUACUAUGACAGUUACUACUGCAUAUGGGACUCAUUUCGCAGUAUUCAUCCACUCUUAACCCUCCUCGACCCUUUAUCUCAGUCACGCAUGAUCCGCAGUCUAAUCGACAUAUACCGUCAUGUAGGGUAUUUGCCCGACUGUCGAAUGUCACUCUGCAAGGGGUACACUCAAGGUGGUUCGAAUGCAGAUGUUGUUAUUGCGGACGCUUUCUUAAAGAAGGUAGCUGAUAUCGACUGGACCACUGCAUAUGAGGCAGUUGUGAAAGAUGCAGAAGUUGAGCCACCCAAUUGGGACGUCGAAGGACGCGGAGGUCUUCAGAGCUGGAAAACUCUCGGAUAUAUCCCGACUGAUGACAUUGACCUCCUCGGGACUGGCACCCACACUCGCAGUAUCUCACGGACAGUAGAGUAUGCAUACAAUGAUUUCUGUAUAGCGGAGAUGGCUUCUCGCAUGGGUCAUCCGGAUGACUACACGAAGUAUACGCAGCGUUCAUCCAACUGGCGCAACAUGUUCAAGGCGAACCAGACAUCGUCGAUCAAUGGCAUCAGUACCAAUUUCACGGGCUUCUUGCAGCCUCGCUAUCCGAAUGGGACUUGGGGGUUCCAGGACCCCAUCUUCUGCAGCCCAUUGCUUGAUUUUACCUCGUGCUAUCUGAAUCCGCAAGGCCAUGAGACGUACGAAGGCAGUUGCUGGUUAUACACCUUUUACGUCCCACAAGAUAUGGCAUCACUUAUUUCCACACUAGGGGGUCGAGAUGAAUUUCUUUCUCGGUUAUCUUUCCUCCACGACUCCGGCCUGCUCUACGUCGGCGACGAGCAAUCCUUUCUCACCGUCUAUCAGUUCCACUACGCUGGUCGACCUGGAUUAUCCGCUAAACAGGCACAUGCGUAUAUUCCCUCGUUAUUCAACACAUCUGUAUCUGGUAUCCCUGGAAACGAUGACAGCGGUGCCAUGGGUUCCUUCGUCGUGCUGAGCAUGUUGGGCCUCUGGCCAGUUCCCGGACAAGACGUAUACCUCAUCAACCCUCCGUUCUUCAAGGAAAUCAGCAUCAAAAAUAGCGCCACCGGAAAGGUUGCUACGGUUCGAAACGUCAACUUCGAUCCCAACUACGAAGCUAUUUACAUCCAAAGCGUCAAAAGGGAUGGUAAACAAUGGACGAAGAACUGGAUAUCACAUGACUUCUUCCUUGAAGGGGGACUGCUGGAGAUUGAGCUGGGACGAAAGGAAAGCUCUUGGGGCACGCAUGUUGAGGAUCUGCCACCGAGCAUGUCUCCAUAUCAAUUCUGAAAUUCUUCAGUGACAAAAAAGAGAUGCAUCAAUAACUAGACACAUAAGUACAAACAUUAUUAAUCAUAUUCCUUGACAGCCGAAUAUCUUUUCUGAAAAAUACGGAACUCUCGGUCGAGAAAGUAGA